GACAUCAGCCACUUUCUCUGUAGCGGCAGAGUCUCUGCACCCGAAUUAAUCCCUGGCUAUGAAAAAUGAGCCUCUCCCCCACCCCUGCCGCCGCCUUUCACCCCACGCCCCCGGAGAGGAGUUUCUGGCCCAGGCAGCAGCCUGUGAAGGCUUUUUUUUUUUUUUUCCAAGUCACAUGAUCCAGGAUGCAGGGGGAAAAUCCUUCUUGGAACAGAACUGGGCCCAGAAUCGAAUCAGAUGAAGAGAGAUAAGGUGUGAUGUGGGUAAGAUUAUAUAAAGGAUGGACCCAGGGCUGCAACAGCCAUUCCCGCGAGGGCCCCUUCCCGCAGCCACGGCCAUGCAGGCCAUGCACGUGCCGGCGGUUCCUGUUGCUGGUCCCUGGGGACCUUCAAGCCGGGGCUACCUCUGCUUCACCACAGCCACGCUGGCUCUGGUUCUCGUCUUCACUGUGGCAAGCUUCAUGGUGCUGGUGGUACGCAGGACGGACUCCAUUCCUAACCCACCCAACAACUUCCCCCUUAAAGGAGGAAACUGCUCCGAGGACCUCUUAUGUAUUCUUAAAAGGGCCCCAUUCAAGAAGUCAUGGGCCUACCUCCAAGUGUCAAAGCAUCUCAACAGCACAAGGCUGUCUUGGAACAAAGAUGGUAUUGUUCACGGAGUCAAAUAUCAGGAUGGGAAACUGGUGAUCCAGUUCCCAGGUUGGUACUUCAUCAUUUGUCAACUACAGUUUCUCGUACAAUGUUCAAAUCAUUCCAUCGACCUGAAGUUGGAGCUUCUCAUCAACAAAGAGGUCAAAAGACAAGCCCUGGUGACAGUGUGUGAAUCUGGACUGCAAACCAAACGGAUAUAUCAGAAUCUCUCCCAGUUCUUGCUGGAUUACUUGCAGGUCAAUGCUACCAUAUCAGUUAUGGUAGACAAAUUUCAGUAUGUGGAUACCAACACCUUUCCCCUUGAAAAUGUGUUGUCUAUCUUCUUAUACAGCAGUUAAGUAUAAAUAGCUCUUUUGGCCUUCAGGAAAAACCAACUCUCUACUAAACAGUAUUUCAUCCACCUGAACACUUGGGCAAACAGACAACUUUAGAUCAAGACUGAAACCACAUGUUAAAUUGCAUAUGUCUCCUUGUGACUCUUGGGAAGACAGCUCUAGGAUUAAAAGGAGCCUUGAGUCAGGAUUCUUCCAGUUAAAGGCAGGAAAAAAAUAUGGUGCUCUGUGGUAUGGUGUGAUACGGUGCCAUGUGGUGUGGGUAAUAUGGCGCUGUGUUGUGUGGUAUGAGGUAUGGUGUGGGUAGUGGACAGUGUCCCACCUGUGAAGCAGAGGAUGGAUAUAUGCCUUGACCUAGCAGCUGAUUCAUGGAUAACCUUGAGCCAUUUCUUCUGUUGAGGUCAGAACUCACUAGAGGCUGAAUUUGAGUCUCUCCAAAGUCUGCUUCAUCUUGGAAGACCAAGCCUCUGAACUGAACAGAGUUCUAGAGGCCCCAAAUCACAAGAAGGAACUACAUGCCAGUACAAAGCCAACAGUACAAGCAGUAACUGGCUACAUGUCAUCUCAAUAGAGUGAGACUGUGGGCACAGAUUCAGGGUUCCUGAAUAAUCUGAGAACUAUAAGAUAUGGACACACAAGCUGAACCUCUAGACUGUAAGGGGCAUAAGCAUAUUAAGAAAACUAUCUGAAAAUGUCUGAUUCCAUGCUCAAUAAGAAUGAUAAUAAUUCUACAGCAGGCAACUUUUGCUUCCUGCCAGGAAAGUGGCAUGCAUUCAACAAGCAUUCAGUCUGUGUGUUAUGGUCAAGUUGAUGUUGUCAUUUAGUCAGAGUAGCUGUGGCCAUCUCCUGAGUGAUACAUUGCUGUUCACUGCCUCAAACACCCCUUGGGAAACAGUUCUGUGGAGAAGGGUUUGUAUGUUCCCAGAAAACUGCUGACAGCAAAUGAUGACUCUGAAAAUAGCAAGAGGGACAUAAGAACAAAAGCAGCUUCCUCUGUUCACCAAAGUUACCUUGAGACUUCUCCAGCUGCAGCAUAUUUGAUGUUUGCAUCAUCAUGGCUGGAGCUGCCUGUUGGCUGCAGAACAUAAGCAUCUAAGUUAAAGAAUAAGCCUCUAAGCUUAAGCAUCAAUAGGAAAAUGCGAGUCUUUGACCAUUAUUCUGAAGAAUGCAGCAAAAGGUGUAUUUUCGUCAAGAAAAGAAGAUAAGAACCCCCUCCUCCCCCAAAAUUAGAGAAAUGCUAGCAAAGAGGCAAUGGAAAAGCUACCAGUUAUGUUGUGAAUGAGAGGGAUUUGGCAAAACAAAGAUGGCUAAGGGAUAACAUUCAAGUCAUUUGGAGAACAACAUGCUAUACCAACUUCUUUCUAUGUCUCCACUCUGAAAUAUUCAGUAAAGUCUGCAUUUCUCUUUAGCUUUUGCUGCGUAUAGAAUCUUUGGGAAGAAAAGGCAUUGUAAAAGAGGCUGAAUUCAGGAAGCCUAGAUAGAGGACUGCGAAUUGGAGUGCAAGGAACAUGUGUUAUUUUAAUUACACACCACCUAUGUAGAUAAUGAGUUGCUUGGACCAACUUCUGCAUUCUUGAAAAGGUAUAUAUGCAGCCUGAGUGUGUGUCAACUCCCCAGAUGUUCUAAUACCACACAUUACAACUCAGGAAAGGUGGCAUUUUCACAGGUCACAACCAUCUUCCAAACAGAGGAACUCAGCGCUAGGAGUGGUUCCUCAUCUUGUGUUAUAUCAAACAAUGCUCAAGAAAGCCAGCAGUCAAGUUCACAAGGAGCAUCUCAUUUACCAAAAUAACAGCAGGGGAAGGUAUUUUUUCCCCAGCAGUUAAAAAUACAGUGAGAAUAUUCACAUCCCUCUUUGCUGUACUAGGUUCAUUUCCCAGCUUUAGCUCCUGAUUCCUGCUUCCUGCUCAGGAGGACCCUAGAAAGCAACAGUAGUAAUGACUGAAGAAUCUGGGUAUCUGACACGGAUAUGAAAAAUUUGAACUGAGUGUCCAACUCCCAGCUUUGGCUAAGCCCAGUCUUGGUCACUGCAGGCAUUUGGGAGAGCAAUCUAGAAGACAAGAAUUUCCUUUCUUUCUCUGCCCACCCACCUCAAAUUAAAACAAGAUCUCCACUAAUUCUGUGUUUAUAAACUGGAGAGAUUUUUUUUAAAGACUCAAAAAAUGAUGUAGCUAAACAAGAGUUUAUGUUAACAGAUAAAUACGUAGACAGUGGAUUACACAAGAAAUUUAAACCUAAAUCCACGUACUCUUGUGGGUCAACCAGCACCUGUUGGUUGAGUCAAUGGCACCAUUGAUGCAAGGAAAAUAAAUAAUGUAUAUAAUUGGGAGCUCAGGAUACCUAAGAUGUAUGGCUCUUGGGUAAAAACUCAAUUUGAAUUCAUAAACUCAGCCCUCCAUCCUCCUACUGCUUCCCUUAGCCUUCAGUGUCACACUUGAUAUAUUUGCAGAAUUGGUAGAGGAAAGUGGUGUAUCAAUAACAAAAAUUACAAGGCAGUGUAGACUCACUGUACUCCUGCCCUUGGAAAAUCCCAUGACUUUCUUCUCAACAUUUGGUAGUUCUGUCUUUACCAGGUCCAGAAAUUCCCAGCAUGCAGGGUAGGAUUUCCUCUGUUCUUCCUUGUCCUCUCCCCAGUCAUUCCAGUUACUUAAAUGUAAGAUAACAAUGCUUCCAAACUUCUGGGGAUUCAGUAAAUGGUCAGAUCACAGAGAAGGGUUAGUCCCACAACGUGAAAGUUCUGUGUCUGGGGAAGUCGUUUGGUCCAGUGGUUAAGACACCAGAAUACCUGAGUUCCACAGCUGGCUUUGGCUCCUGACUAUGGCUUCCUGCCGGGAGACAUCAGAUGAGGGUUCAAAUAACUGAGUCUCUGCCACCAUGUGGGAGACGUGGAUUGAGUUCCUGAUUCCCAGCUUUGGCUCAGUCACUGUGAGUGAGCAUCUGGGGAGUGAAUCAGUGGGUGGGAGGACUUUUUUCAGAUUAUUGCUCUCUGCCGCCUAAAUAAAUCUUUUAAGAAAUUUAGUCUCUGAGAAAUUAGGUAUUCUCUAAUAAUGUAAAA